AUGGUGAAGCUCGGAGUGAAUGAAUUUGCCCAUAUUGGGCGCCUGGGCACCAGGGCUGCUUUUAACUCUGGCAAAGAGGAUAUUGUUACCAUCAAUGAUUCCUUCAUUGACCUCAACUACAUGGUGUACAUGUUCCAGUAUGAUUCUACCCACGGCAAAUUCUAUGGCAUGGUCAAGGCUGAGAACGGGAAACUUGUCAUCAAUGGGAAGUCCAUCUCCAUCUUCCAGGAGCGACAUCCCGCCAACAACAAAUGGGGUGAUGCUGGUGCUGAGUAUGUUGUGGAGCCCACUGGGGUCUUCACCACCAUGGAGAACGCUGGGGCUCACUUGAAGAGUGGGGCCAAGAGGGUCAUCAUCUCUGCUCCUUCUGCUGAUGCCCCCAUGUUUGUGAUGGGUGUGAACCACGAGAAAUACAACAAGUCUCUCAAGAUUGUCAGCAAUGCCUCCUGCACCACCAACUGCUUGGCUCCUCUGGCCAAAGUUAUCCAUGACCACUUUGGCAUCGUGGAGGGCCUAAUGACCACCGCCCAUGCCAUCACUGCCACCCAAAAGACCAUGGGUGGCACCUCUGGGAAGCUGUGGCCUGAAGGCAGAGUACCUGUGCAGAACAUCAUCCCUGCUUCCACUGGCGCCGCCACGGCUGUGGGCAAGGUCAUCCCUGAGCUGAAGGGAAAGUUCAUUGGCAUGGCCUUCCGUGUCCCCACCCCCAACAUGUCAGUUGUGGAUCUGACCUGCCCCCUGGAGAAAGCUGCCAAAUAUGACAACAUCAAGAAGGUGGUAAAGCAGGCCUCAGAGGGCCCUCUCAAGGGCAUCCUGGCUGAGGACCAGGUUGUCUCCUGUGACUUCAACAGUGACACCCACCCUUCCAUCUUUGACACCGGGGCUGGCAUUGCCUUCAAUGACCACUUGGUCAAGCUAAUCAUACAGUAUUCAUCUUUUUCUAUCUUACUUAUUUCACUCAUCACUUACUUCAUUGAACGGCCUUAA